CCCUCUAUCUGAUAGGAGACUAGAUUAUGCAAAUUUUUACCGGUUUAAUUUAAGGUAAAUUCGAAGAAAUUGAAUGCAUCAUGUGAGUUUGAGAACGUAAACAGUGGUGAUAAUGGGUUCGCUCGUGCAGGAGGAUACCAUUGAAAAGUUUGGUAUGGAUGCUUUUAAGAAAGGUUGGUUCACAGAAACAGGAACUUUAAAUGAAGAUCAAGCACUGUCAGUGGAAGUUGAAAAUGUCUUAUAUCAGAAGAAGUCAAAAUAUCAAGAUAUUUUAGUAUUUGACAGCAAAAGAUUUGGAAGGACAUUGGUUCUGGACAAUGCUAUACAGUGUACUGAAACAGACGAGUGCUCAUACCAGGAGAUGAUAACUUUCUUGCCUCUAAAUUGUCAUCCAGAUCCAAAGAAGGUAUUGAUUAUUGGAGGAGGUGACGGAGGUGUAGUGAGAGAAACCGUAAAGCAUCCAUCUGUUGAACAUGUAACACUUUGUGAAAUUGAUGAGCAAGUGAUUGAAGUUUCUAAGCAGUAUUUACCUUUUAUGGCUAAGGGAUUUGAAAGUCCCAAACUUUCGUUGCAUAUUGGUGAUGGAGCUGAGUUUGUCAAAAACCACCAAGGGCAGUUUGAUGUUAUUAUUACCGAUUCGUCCGAUCCAAAAGGGCCAGCAGAAUGCCUUUUUAAAAAGCCUUAUUAUGAAUCUUUAAAACAAGCUCUUAGGCCUGGAGGAAUCAUAUGCUCUCAAGGUGAAUCUUUCUGGUUUGAUCUUGAACUCAUGUCAGGUAUGGUGAAAAUAUGUAAAACACUAUUUCCAGUUGUAGAUUAUGGUUCAUCUUACGUCGCUAGUUACCCUGGAGGGCAGAUAGGCUAUUUGCUUUGUAGUACAUCUCCGGAAACAAAUUUUAGGGAACCUCUUCACAAAUUUUCCUCCGAAAUGCUAAGAGAGUUAAAACUGAGGUAUUAUACUCCUGAUGUACACCGUGCUGCCUUUGCUUUGCCCUUAUUUGUAGCUGAACAAAUGGGACUGAAGUGGCAAGUUGGUAAUACAGAGUCUGACUGAAGAUCUACAGACUGACUACUCCAUUCGCUGCAUUUCAAAUAAUUUUGUUUUUGUAUGAUGGAUAAGUCUUAGUUUACUUACUACUUAUAAUGCAGUUAUGAUUAGUAAUAUGUAUUUACAAUUUUUCAAAGUAAAAAAUAUAUUAUAUUUAUUUAAUUGUUAAUACUAUUUUUCGAUUCCAGUACAAUGCUUAAAAACUACACAACAAACAAAAUUUUGCUUGGUACGUCAAUGAAUUACCUUACUUGUAUAAAUAUAAAACUGCAUGUUGUUUAGUGACAAUGAAAUUCCACUAGACAGUGGUUAAUUUCUAACGUGGAAUAAAAUCUGUUAUUUACUGUAUCGCAGAAAAAAAGGCAACAAUUUAUAUUCUGUAUAAAGUUAGUAACAUGUGAGGACCAUAUCUUAACAUGUAAUUUUGAUAUCAUACUGAUUAUAUAAUCCAAAUAUGGACCAAAUUUUUUGCUAGAUAUAGAAAAAGAUUAUAGAAGUCCAAUAAUUUUCUUUACAUUGAUGAAAAUUUUAUAGCUUUUAUCCAUUCAGCUGUUCAUUAUUAUUAAAUUUUCUACCAUUAAAAGGAAUUUGAUAUCAAUUUAGAUGGUUUGCUAAAUAGUAUUAUACCAAAAUUAACAUUUUCUACCAAUUUGUGAAGUAUAUUUUAUAUGCUUUGUCCAGUAUUCAGGGAUAUAUAUUUUUAUAAUUCAGUGCAUUUGAUAUUCAGACUUAUGUAAUAUAAUUUUUUAUAUUUCUAAUGUCACUAAUAUGAAAUUAUUUUUAAGGCUGCUGAUUGUAAAGUAAGAAUAGCAUGCAUUGUAAUUUUGUGUUCAGCUCAGUUUCUGGUUUGAAUAAAAUUUACUGUUUUAUAAAAUA